AUGUCGACCUCACCGGCGCCCAAAACAAAACGCCCUCUCGAGGACACGUCGUCUCCCUCCAGGACCGACCAGCCCGAUGCGAAGCGACCUGCUCUCGACAAAGUCCUCCGCAACGAGGGAGAGGUUAAGGAGGAACCCAUGAAGCCCCCCAUCGGCAAUGGCCUCCCGCCCAUCCCGACGUCUGUAUCGCUGCCCCCCAUCCCGGAUUCCAACGGCGCCACAACCAAGACCAAUGGCGAGAAGGCAGAGCCCAAGGAUGACCAGGGCGACACGGUGGUCUCGGACGCUGCCGAGUCCAAGCCCAUCACAACCACGGCCAACAACACCAGCCAGGCCGCUACAGCCGCAGCCGAUUCGCACGACGAGACUGCUUGGAUUCACAUCAGGGCCGUCAUUUCUAGCCCAGAGGCCGCCACUGUCAUCGGAAAGGGUGGUGAGAAUGUGUCCAAGAUUCGCCAGCUCUCGGGCGCCAAGUGCACUGUGAGCGACUACCAGAAGGGCGCCGUCGAGCGCAUCUUGACUGUCAGCGGUAUCGUUGAUGCCGUCGCAAAGGCUUUUGGCCUCAUCAUUCGCACGCUCAACAACGAGCCCCUCUCAGAUGCAUCCAGCGCACACUCCAAGACGUACCCUCUGCGUCUUCUCAUCCCGCACAUCCUCAUCGGUUCCAUCAUUGGUAAGGGUGGCGCUCGCAUCAAGGAGAUCCAGGAGGCGUCGGGUGCUCGCCUCAACGCGUCGGACUCUUGCCUCCCUCUGUCGUCGGAGCGUUCGCUGGUUGUUAUGGGCGUGGCGGACGCGGUCCACAUUGCGACUUAUUACGUGGGCAGCACCCUGCUGGAGCAGCUCAACGACCGUUUCGGCGGACCUGCCGCAUCGGCGUAUGCCACCCGAGCCGGUGGCCCCGUCGGCGCCGUUCCUGGUGGAAUGCAAGUCGUGCCGUACCUGCCUCAACCUGCGGGUGGCAACUUUGGCAACCGCGAGAACUACGGACGCCGCCCUGACCCUAGGGCUGGACCGGUGCCCCAAGGCGCCGCCGUGCCCUACGCGCAGCACUACAACCCGCACGCGGCCCACCAGCCGACGCCUGCUGUGCCUGUGCACUACGGAGCCCAGGGUGGUGCUUACGGCGCCCAUGUGCAGCCCCCGCAUGUCGGCCAUGCCGGGCCCCAAGUGCAUGGCGCCCCCCACCAGCAACCGAUGCAUAGCCAGAUGCCCGGCCCCGGCGGUGCACAGAGCCUGACGCAGCAGAUCUACAUUCCCAACGACAUGGUUGGCGCUAUCAUCGGCAAGGGCGGUACCAAGAUCAACGAGAUCCGUCAGAUCAGCGGGAGUGUUAUCAAGAUCAAUGAGCCUCAGGAUAACAGCAACGAGCGGCUGGUCACCAUUACGGGAACGGAAGAGUGCAAUCGUAUGGCGCUCUACAUGCUGUACUCGCGUCUUGAGAGCGAAAAGCACCGCAUCUAA